UUGACAUGACUAUAAAUUUUUGUCAAUCAGAUAGCAAUGGCUGGAAGAUUUCUUUCUCAGAGGCUUGCCCUGACUCCAUCUAUGAGUGGCUCUCACAUCUUCUUCCUUAUCACUUUGUAACUGGGUGAGUGAAUGAAAACAUAGAAAACCUCGCGAUAACAGUGAUAUCAAAACUGCUAUCAUCUACAUCCCCUGCGUCGAAUCAAAUCCUAGCCAAUUGCACUCUUCUUGCUUGCGUCAUGGUCGGGACUCUGGUUGACAAGAAAGACAUAGUUCGGAUUGAUAAAAGCUCUGCUCUGCCUCGACUCGGGGAGUCCCUUUUGGCACAAUUCCAAAAGGCUCUCUGGGCAUGCGAUGGAGGCAAGCUCGACAAAGAUAGUACAGGAGUCACACGCCGGGCAUGGAAGCUCCUCGAUAUUAUUUGUUGCAUCCUCGAGCUUGCCAGAAAUCACCUUUCUCCUUCAUUCUACACCAUGCGGUUGGACGUGUGCAGGAAGAUUUAUUCACAAGCGAGGUCAUCCGAACGAAACGAUGCCUCGGUUUCGUUGGCAGUGCUGCGAAAAGUACUGCAUUUCACGUUCGCUGCUUCUGACGUUUCUCGGGACAUUGCUAACCUAUGGUCAACCUACUGGUCCGGCAAAGCCAAUUCUCACUCCCCAGAAGACUCUGACAGGCUUUUAGACUACCUCGACUUCAUCUAUUCCUAUGACCACGAAGCAGCAUAUGAUAUCCUUUUGUUACUGGGUAGUAUGGGGGUGUGCUGCAGCCCUGCUAAACAACAUCUGUUCAUCGAGAGGCUCAUCGCCUGCAUGGACAGUAACAUGCCUCACCAUUUACGCCAUGCCGCUCUUCGCGCUGCUCACAGUGCCCGAGAACGAAUCGCCUCGAUCGAUACCAUUGAUGAUGCGAGGCUGCGGGACAUGAUUUUGACCAAGUUCUCCCCCGCUAUUCUGUCCGUGCUUUGCCCGCACCCAGGUACAACACUCGCCAAUGAUGAUCUCAACCCCUUUCUCAAAUAUAACCGCGACUGGUGCUAUCUCGAACUGGUCUGUACCCUCGCGAGGAAUUCCGGCUGGCACCCCCAUUUGUUUGGGGACCGCCACAUAGAUCGGUGCAUUAGCAUGAUUUCAAAGUACUGCAAUUCCGAAGUACCCACGCCGCAUCCCUUUUACAUAGCUAGUAUCCUCCUCCAAAUCACACCGACACAGACAUCGAUCACAUUGCUCGAUUCUGUUACGGAGCAGCAGUGGUGGGACGUGAUGAGAAGCGUGUGGAAAUAUUCUCCAUAUAACAUUGACAAUGCACGCGAUUUCAAGCUCCAUCUUGUCCUUCUGGAUGGCACAAAGAAGUAUAUGCAGAUUGCUUCGAAAUCUGAUCUCGAGCAGCUCAUCCCAAACGUGGAUUAAUUUGUCGAAAGGUUGGAGCGGGACGUGCAAGAGAAGAGGCGACUACAUGAGAUGGGACAGGAGAUGCAAGAUUUAGAGCAGGUUGAGGGGAUCAUCGAUGCUGCGAAGGAGUUGAGGACUGC